AGCCAAGUUGUAAUCCUAAUCAAAUCGGUUUUAAUACUCGUUGGAGUAAUCUUCAACAUCUUUUGCAUAGAAGCAGAGACGAUCAAAGAAGAUAAACACACUCUUCUUCAAUUCGUUAGCAACAUCAACCACCCUCAUUCACUAAACUGGUCACCAAAUCUUUCUAUAUGUACCAAAUGGACCGGUGUUGUCUGCAGCUCAAAUCACUCAAACGUCGUCGCUCUUCGUUUAGCAGCCACGGGUCUUCGAGGGCGUAUCGAGCUAAGCAACAUAUCCAGGUUAACUAAUCUUCAAGUUCUGAUUCUCAGUUCUAACAACAUCUCUGGACCUUUUCCUCCAAGUUUACUAGCUUUGAAGAACUUGACCGAGCUUAAACUCGACUUCAACGAGUUCUCUGGUCCUUUGCCUUCUGAUCUCUCUUCUUGGGAGCUUCUACGAGUUCUUGAUCUCUCUAACAAUCGGUUUGAUGGUAGCAUCCCAUCAUCAUUUGAGAAGCUAACCCGAUUACAAUCUCUGAGUCUUGCGAGUAACAAGUUUUCCGGUGAGAUUCCGAGUCUUCAUACUCCGGGUCUGAAGCUGCUCGACUUAGCUCACAACAAUCUGACAGGAACCGUACCAAAGUCAUUACAGAGGUUUCCGCUCUCGGCAUUUGUCGGAAACAAUGUUACCUCCGAAAAGAAGCUGGCUCCUGUUCAUUCAUCAUUAAGGAAAGAAACGAAACACCACCACAACCAUGUAGUCCUCGGCAUAGCAUUAAGCUCGUGCUUUGCGAUACUAGCUCUUCUCGCUAUCUUAUUGGUAAUCAUCCAUAACAGAGAAGAUCAAAGAAGAUCUACAAAGGAAAAACCAAGCAAGAGGAGGAAAGAUUCAGAUCCAAACGUGGGUGAAGGAGAUAACAAGAUUGUGUUUUUCGAAGGGAAGAAUCUUGUCUUUGACUUAGAAGACUUGUUGAGAUCCUCUGCAGAAGUUUUAGGGAAGGGGCCAUUCGGGGCAAGCUACAAGGUCGAUCUCGAAGACUCUGCAACCAUCGUCGUGAAAAGGAUCAAGGAAGUUUGUGUGACUCAGCGUGAAUUCGAGCAGCAAAUUGAACAGCUCGGCAACAUCAAACAUGAGAAUGUUGCCACUCUAAGAGGAUAUUUCUACUCUAAAGAUGAGAAGCUCGUGGUUUAUGAUUACCACGAACAAGGAAGUCUUUCAACUUUACUACACGGUCAGAGAUGUCUCACGAAUCGGAAACCUCUAGAUUGGGAAACAAGAUUGAAUAUGGUGUAUGGAACAGCAAGAGGAGUAGCUCAUAUCCACUCACAAAGCGGAGGCAAACUAAUCCAUGGGAACAUAAAAUCCUCAAACGUUUUCCUCAACGCGAAAGGAUACGGCUGCAUCUCCGGUGCAGGAAUGGCCACGCUGAUGCAUUCGCUACCCAGGCAUGCGUUUGGCUAUCGUGCACCAGAGAUAACAGACACAAGAAAGGGGACUCAACCGUCGGACGUAUAUAGCUUCGGGGUGUUGAUAUUCGAGGUUCUCACAGGAAAAUCAGAAGUGGCUAACCUGGUGAGGUGGGUGAACUCGGUGGUCAGAGAGGAAUGGACCGGAGAGGUGUUUGAUGAAGAGCUUUUGAGGUGUACUCAGGUAGAGGAAGAGAUGGUGGAGAUGCUUCAGGUUGGUAUGGUAUGCACGGCGAGAUUGCCGGAAAAGAGACCACACAUGACUGAGGUAGUGAGAAUGGUGGAAGAGAUAAGACCGGAGAAGCUAGCUAGCGGAUACAGAUCAGAGGUUUCCACAGGCUCAACUCCAAUAGGAAGUCUAUCAGGAUCGCCGUAUAUAUUGUGA